AUGGUGCUAAAGACUCAUUUUACAUUUCUAAGUUCUUUUAAUCCAAUUCAUGUGAAAUUUGGUGCUGAACUUUAUAAGCUUAAUCCCUUUCGUUACAAUUCUGGCUGUGAGGAACUUUAUGGAAUGACCCUUGACAACUCUAGUGUUGUAUAUUCUCUUCAAGGCACGUGUAAAAGGAAAACGGAAGAAAUUUGGAACAUAUUUUAUCCGGAUGAACCUAAUGACUUCGAUUUCACUAGAGCAUCAUCUGAAAAUGCCGCUGAAACGAUUUCAGGACUCAAAAAACACACCGAAUAUGAUCUAAUUUCAGCUGUAAAAAAGCAGAGUCCUUUCUUUUAUCAGGUAUCCAAAGAGCGUAUGAAUAAUGAUAUAUUUGUUCAAGAAGCUGUAGCUAGAUAUAAGGGUUUCCUUCAUUUGAUCAACAGGAAUCGAGAGAAGUCCAUUAAACGCUUUUGCGUUCCAACUUAUGACAUCGACCUUAUCUGGCACACCCACCAGUUGCAUCCUGUCUCUUACUGCAUAGAUUUGAACAAAACACUUGGCAAGAUAUUGGAGCAUGAUGAUACUGAAUCGGAUCGAACUAAAGGGAAGAAGCUUGAUGUUGGGUUUUCAGGAACUACUAAACAGUGGGAGGAUACAUUUGGCACAAGAUACUGGAAGGCAGGGGCCAUGUAUAGAGGGAAUUCUCCAUCUCCUAUCACAACCAUUACUUGCGUGCCUGACAUUUUACCUAAGGAAGUAGAUGCUGCAGACGAGUUUCUGAAAAUUAUUAAGCUUCUUGAGAUGAGGGCUGUAGAGGUCUUUUUGGAUGUUGUUGAAGUUAAGAACUUACCGAAUGAAAAGAAGGGAAACCUCUUUGUCCUGUUUAGUAAAACUCAACCAGAUGUGUUCUGUAAUAAUAAGCAGAAACUAUCUUAUCUGAGUCUGGGCAGAAACAUGUUGCUUCAUUUCAGUGUGAACCUACUGGUGAACAGCUCUUUGAACUCGUAUCACAUUCAGUUUCCACCUUACCAGGAAAAAAGACAUGCAAAACUCCCUCUUGCUGAAACGGUCUCAGCUGGUAAGAGCUACACCCGUGUCAUUGAUGAAACUCAAGCUGAGGUCAUUAGGCUCCAAAUGAGGUAUACUGCAUUCACACCAGUUUCUAUGCUGGCAAGCAACUUUAAGUUUACCUUCCAUGUAUUUUAGUGGAUUGUUAAAUAUUUAUAUCGUGGA